GCUCCUUAUAACAGGAUAUCUCACUGGCGCGAAAAACGCACUGUGUGGCUUUCUGUAACACACUGUGGGGCGGACCCUGAGCCUGUUGUUUGAGCCCCCGGUUUCCCCCCUUUAAACUGCUAUAAAAGUAAAAGACUGCGUCCAAACAGCGCGCCGCUGUGUCCAACGACAACCCGGGUCAGCUUUUAUCCCUCUGAUCCACGUGAGCUCGUUGCUCUUUGGCUGCCGAGGGAUUUCCAAUGCCCUGAAUUUUUAGCCGUGGGAUUAUUUUUUUUUUUUUGCAGAGAGCCGGGUUGUGCAGGACGUUUCUCAGAGGCAGCUGGUGUCAUUUGAUCAUUUCUGGGAAUAAACUCUAGAGGAUUUGAUUAACUGUGAACAUGGAGUUCGACUGCUACCAGCACUAUUUUUUCAACGACUUCGAAGGAGAGGAGGAUUUUUACAAGUCGACCGCACCGAGCGAGGACAUAUGGAAAAAGUUCGAGUUGCUGCCCACCCCUCCCAUGUCUCCCACUCGGACUCUGAGCGCCGGUUCGCUCCUCUUCUCGCCGGGAGACCAGCUCAACUGGCUGUCCAAAGUCCUGGGGCAGGACGAGGAGUGCGAGGGCCAGUUCAUCCCCGGUACAGGGAAGCUGUUCGGCAACCUCAGCUCCAUCAUCAUCCAGGACUGCAUGUGGAGUAGUUUCUCUGCCAGUAAGCAGCUGGAGAAGGUCAAUGCGAGAGUGACUGCUGCGGCACAGGCCGUCCCCCCCCCGGUGGCCCAGAUCUCCGUGAGGCCGAGCAGCAAAGCGCAGUGCGUCUCUCCCGGCGGCCCGCUCGCCACCCCGGCGACAGACUGCGUCGACCCCGCGGCUGUUUUCACCUUCCCGACAAGCGGCUGCAGGAAGCCGGCGUCGUCUGGCUCCGAGUCCCGCUCUGAUUCCUCUGAUGAUGAAGAGGAAAUCGAUGUUGUCACCGUGGAGAGCAAGCAGAACCGGGUGCGGCUGGUGAACGCCAGAAAACCGGUGACCAUCACGGUCCGGGCUGACCCCUGCCCCCAACGCUUCCACAUGUCUGUCCAUCGGCAGCAGCACAACUACGCCGCACGGUCCCCAGACAGUGACGACGACGACGAUGAUGAUGAUGAUGAUGAUGAUGAUGACGAAGACGAUGACGAGGAGGACGACGAUGACGACGAGGAAGAGGAGUAUGCAGAAGAGCCUCCAAGCAAGCGUACCUGCACAUCGUCCAGUCAGCGGCUGGACUUUUCGGCUAGUGUCUCCCAGCCCGGCUCCCCCACUGAGAGUCCCCUAAACUCAGACGCAGAGGACACUCACCGCAGACGCAACCACAACUUGCUUGAACGGAAGAGGAGGAACGAUCUCCGGUCCCGUUUCCUUGCCCUACGUGAUGAGAUCCCCGGCCUGGAGUCGGCCAAGACUCCGAAGGUGGCCAUCCUGACCCACGCGACAAAGUACCUGUCGAAACUUCACACCAGAGAGAAACGGCAGCUCCAAAAGAAGAAAUGCCUCAAAACCCGACAGCAGCAGCUCCUCCGCAGAUUAGCUGAGCUGAAGCGCUCUUGAGACGCUUUUGAAAUAAACUAUCCUUGUUAUUCACAUUCAGGAACUUUACUCUCAAGUUUAUCUGUCACUUUUUGGAAAACUACAGUUUUUAUAUAACAGCCUCGUGUAAAUAGCCGGGACUUCAUUGGAAUACAUUCAUAUUGCUGUGGGCUUCCUCUAAAUUGACUGUGCUGGCCAAUGAGCCUGAUAUGGGACGGAGGAGCAGCUAGUGUGCUGUGUUUUUGUUUUUCUUUGGACAGUAUUUUAGUUUUGAACAGGGGUAAUGGAAUUGAUUUUCUAGUGAUGACUAAGAUAUAUCUUGGUAUGCUGUGAUGGGGAAAUAAGAACGCUGUUCAUAGUUUGUAAGUGUGACUAUGUAGCCUUCAGGUUGUGAUGGAGUGAAGUGCGAAUGCCUUACUGUGUACAUAUGAGUGAAUGAGUCCGUGUGGUUUGAUGUACAAAUUGUUCUGUAAAUAAUAGCUUGUCACUCCUGGAGAAGGAGACGAGACUAAGAGUUGUCAACGAGCUUUCCUCCUCUUUAUGACGUGCCGCCAGGCAUCGAGGAACCUCUAUUUUGUUAAGAAAGUAGGAAAACUGGGUGAAAAAUAAGUAGCACUGCUGUACUUUAUAUUCACAUGUCACUUUGUGAUUUCAAUGCUCCUCCUGAAUUUGUUUCUUUUUUUUUUUUGUUUGUUUUUUGAACGCAUGCUAACAUUGACAGCGCCAUUAAAUUUUUAUACCAUAUUUGCAUACAAACCUGUAAUCUUGUUUUUAUUAAAAUAUUAUGCAAUGACAUGCACGAAGACACAAGUUGCCGUAUUCCUCUGUAAUAUUAAUAACAUCUUGACCGUGCCAUCAAAAUUUGUUAGUUUCUGUUUGAGGCGGAAGUAACAAGCUGUAGAUUUAUCAGGCCUCACACUGAUCGUAGGUAAGAUCCACCACAUGCUGCUGUGGUAGUGCCUCUCCAGAGAAACUAUCUACAGAUCAGCUGUAAAUGAGGGCACAACAUACAAGAAGUAACCUGCAGGAUUUCCUCCCCCGCUGUGUCACUUUGCCGUAUCUGUUGUGUAAACGCAUCUUGUGCACCAGCUGCUGGUCCACAGGAGGUGAAACCUGGGCUGUCCUUGAGACUUGCCCUUGGAGACUGUGUGUGUGUGUGUGAUACUGUUGUGGAUCCUCCCCUCUGCAGUGGCUGCUGCACUGAACUAGGUUAACACACACACAGAUACAGUCGGGUAUCUUUAGAACGGUCCCCGGUGGUU